CAGGCCAAGAAAGGGGAAAAAAAGAUAAUAAAAAGUAAAAACAUAAUAUUAAAGAAUAUACACAUAUGAAAAGUGAAAUGGAAUCUAAUUAUGAGAACUAUUGUCGAAUUUGUUUAGACGUAGAAUCAAAACAUAUUUGCAUUUUCAGAGAUUCGACCAUUCAAAUGCAUAUAAAAUCAUGCCUCGCUGUUAAUAUUCAUGAAAACGACAAUCUUCCAAAGAGUAUUUGUGAAUCCUGUGUUUGUCAAUUAAGUAAUUUUUACCAUUUUCAAUUAAAUGCACAAUGCUCUCAAGAUUGGUUGGAGACAUCGAUACAAGAGAAGCGAAAAUAUUCAGAACAAAAAACAUACAUUCAUCCAUUACCCGACUCUGAAUAUAAUUCAGAUUCUCUUCUAGAAUUUUUAAACAAUACCGCAAAUAUUGAAGAUUAUUUGAAUAACUUGGGUAAAGAGGACAUACCAACUAUUGUUAACAUCUUAGACAGAACAGAAGAUGACAAAGUUAAAAUACCUCCAAAUCAAAAGAAAAAAGCAAUUAAAAUGGACAUCGACGUAUUAGACUCAGAUAAAGAAAUAGUAAAGGAGUUGUUAAUGAAAGAAUCAAAACCAAAAAAUACUGAUCUUCAUUCAUGUUUUGCCUGUAAGGAAACUUCAGAUAGCAUUCAAACGCUGUCUAGACAUUUAAGUGUUUGUGAAAGUGCAAGUCGAACUUGUGUUCUCUGUAAACAGUUAUUUGAUUCCAAACAAAAAAUGUUACAGCAUCUUCUAACACACAAUAUAACUGAGCCCUUAACAUGCACAUGUGGAAAACGGUUUGAAAAUAAAGAAAAGCUUAAUUAUCAUACAAAAAACUGUAAUGUGGAUCAUAUUGCAUCAAUGGGGUUCAUGUACAGAUGUAAGCAAUGUAAGGAAACAUUUACAGAGAGGUUUCAACUAUUUAAACAUGCUAAAAAGCAUAUUUUACGAGGGGAGCAGCAGAUGUGUGACAUAUGUGGGCAUAUAUUUACAGGAAAUGAGGCAUUAGAAAAACAUAGGAAGCAGGACCAUAAUAAAUUGAAUAAUUGUAAAUAUAGGUGCAAACAGUGCAGUUUCUCAUCAGUCAAUCGCAAGGAAAUGUAUCUUCAUGUGCAAAAACACACUAUUGGAACGAAUUUAAAACAUUUAUGUGAAACAUGUGGAAAAUGUUUCUCUUCCAAAUUAACACUCCAAAGACAUUCUUUGCAACAUAACUCUACAAUCUUAAGUGAAAUAAAAGAAAAAUGUGAGUCUAUGGUUAUAUGUGAAAAGUGUGGGAAGACAAUAAAUACAGACAUAAAUAAACAUAAAUGCAUGUAAAUGGAUUAAUAUAUGUUUUUCAGUGUAUGCCUGGAAUCACGAUGGUUAAGGUUCACACUAUUUGUAUACAGAUUUUUUAAUAGACCUAUUUUGUUGUUAUUAUUUUCAUUAAACAAUGCUGUAUUAAAAUAUUUUAUUAAAAACCAACAUGUCUAAAACAUCUAAUUAACUUCAUAAUAAACAAUGUCAAAGAUUUAUAAAACUAAAUAAUUUUGACAAUAUACAAAAUAACAAUACUAAAUUAUUCUUAACAAAAACAAAACCAGCCUCUAUGAGGGUAAUUAAAGAAAUCUGUUAAAAUAAUCCUUAUUCUGUAGGGCAUAAGGUUGUUGAGAUCAAUAAAUGUUUUCAUUGCGGUUGGUAUG